AUGAUCAAGACCCUCACAGAACAGAAGCGAGCCUUGUGUGCAUAUUCUGCAGAGUAUGAUCUGCCUGCCACACUUAGUGCACAGCAGUGGGGGUUACUGGAAAAGGUCCUGACAGCUCUAGCUCCCUUUGAGGAGUUAACAAAGGAGGUAAGCGCAUCAUCCUCAUCUGCAUCUGAUGUCAUCCCUAUUGUCUGCGUCCUUAAGCGCGUGCUCUCCCGAGAAAAUGAGGCCGACGAUGGAAUAAAGAAAAUGAAAGGCACUCUUCUCGAAGCGGUUAACAGACGCUUCAGAGACGUGGAAUCCGAGCCACUAUACACAGUUGCAACACUGCUGGAUCCAAGAUAUAAAGACAGGUACUUCACGAGUGUAGAAACCUCAAAACAAGCUAAGGAUGCUUUGAUGGCAGAGGUGAGGAAGAUGGAGUUUUUGAGAACUACAUUAAACUCCUCAGAGCCAGCAGAGGGGACAUCAGCAGUCUUGGAGCCAGCAAAGAAGACUCCACGGGUGGAAUCUUCCAGCCAAAGCAGACUUGAAAGUGUUUUUGAUGAAAUCCUGAAGGAAAACACUCAAGAUCCUGUUCCUCAGUUAGCCACGACAAGUGCACGUAUUGAAGUGCAAACUUACCUUAGUGAGCCAACCAUUCAACGCUCAGAUAAUCCACUGCUGUACUGGCAAGCCAACAAACUUAGAUUUCCCACUCUGGUUUCUACAGCAGCUAAAUUUCUCUGUGCACCUACCACAAGUAUUGAGAGUGAGAGACUCUUCAGUACAGCCUCCAUUAUCAUUAAUGAAAGGAGAAGCAGGCUGACAGCUGAGAAGGUUGAAAUGUUGAUCUUUCUGAAGAAGAACCUACCUCUCAUGUUAAAGUGAAAAAAAAAAGUUACAACUGCAUUAUUACAAGAAUGUUGUUUGCUCUGCUAAAAUUGCACCUUUUUUCAGUACCAAAGGGGUUUUGAAAUUUGCAUAAAGUUGCACUUUUAUUUACUUGAAUUUUACUUUAAAUACUUCAAGAUUUAAAAUUCUGCAUAAUGUUGCACUUUUAUUUUGAUUAAUGUUACUUUAAAUACUUGACAUUUAAAGUUCUGCAUAAUGUUGCACUUUUAUUUUGAUGAAUGUUACUUUAAGGGUGGACCGU